GAUAUAGCAUAUUUAACAAUCUUUUAUCUAAUAGUUAUCAUGAUUCUGAUGAUUAUGACAACUCUGAUUAUAAACCUGAUGACUUUGAUGAUAAUUAUAUUAGUUUAAAAAGAAGAAAAGAAAAUCAAAGAGCAAUAGUAAAACAAUUACAAGUUCAUCAAAGAGAAUUAUUACU